GAUGUUUCAGCGACAACUAACAUAGAAUGAAGGGAGUACAAGGUUAUAGAUUCGUACAAGACAAAAAGUACGCACCUUGUUCAGAAAAAGAACGUACCUCUUCAACCGACCAAAUGUUCAUUGUUUUCAGAAAUUUCUAUACUAUCUAUUAUCCUUCCAUACUUGAAAGUUUACAAUGUACCACUUAAAAAUUGUGAACUGGAUGUGUUUAUUCGCAGAUUCAAAGACAAAAAGCACAGGUCUAAUUGCAGGGCUAGUUUCCACUGGUAUGUUCGUGCUUCUUGCCAUAGCCACAUUGCUCGGCUACCGCCAAUAUUUGAAAAGGAAGAGUAUAUCAUCUAAAGACGCAGAGAUCCCUCUCGAAGACAUGGACUACCAGUUUCAAAAUGGGGCGGGGCCUCGGAGAUUCAGUUAUAGCGAGUUGUCGCGGGCGACACGAAGAUUCUCUGAAGAGGAGAAGCUCGGUGAGGGAGGGUUUGGGGCAGUCUAUCGAGGGUUGUUGCAUGACCAGGGGCUCCAAGUGGCUAUCAAGAGAGUCUCCAAGACGUCGAGUCAGGGGAGGAGGGAAUACAUCGCAGAAGUGACCAUCAUCGGUCGGCUGAGACAUCGCAACCUUGUCCAACUUGUCGGGUGGUGCCAUAAAGCCGACAAACUCCUCCUCGUCUACGAGCUCAUGACGAAUGACAGCCUCGAUGUCCAUCUGUACAAUUCGGAAAAAAUCCUAACAUGGGCAAUCAGGCACAAAAUCAUUCUUGACAUCGGGUCUGCGCUGAUGUACCUGCACCAGGAGUGGGACCAGUGCGUGGUGCACAGGGACAUCAAGCCCAGCAACGUGAUGCUUGAUUCGUCGUUCAACGCCAAGCUGGGGGACUUCGGCCUCGCGCGCCUCGUCGACCAUAGCCGCGACGCACACACGACGGCGGUGAUUGCCGGCACCAGGGGCUACAUGGACCCGAUGUACGCGGUGACUAGAAGGGCCAGCACCGAGACCGAUGUGUACAGCUUCGGGGUCGUCCUCCUCGAGGUAGCCUGCGGAAGGAGGCCCGUCAUCCAGGAGGAGGACGAGGCCAGGGCCGUGCUUGUCGAUUGGGUCUGGCAGCUAUACGGGAGGGGCAAGCUCCUCGACGCUGCGGAUGCGCGAAUCGACGGUGAGUUCGACGCGCGCGAGGUUGAGCGUGUGAUGGUCGUGGGUCUAUGGUGCGUGCACCCGGACUACGGCUGCAGGCCGUCCAUCCGGCAAGCCAUGAGCGUGCUGCAACUCGAGGCGCCGCUCCCAGACCUCCCGCCGGACAUGCCAGUGGCAAUAUACGUGCCCCCGGGAGGAGGGCACGGAUCGAGCUACACAUCCUUGAAUGCGAGCGACGACACCGGUGGACUGUCGUCGGCAAGUGACCGAACGGCGAAGAGCCGUUCUUUUGCCGUUGCCGGCACGAGGAGCGAGAAUGACGUCACCAAUGUAAUGAAUCAGGCCACCGACACGACCGAGCAUGUUCAGUUUAGGAACUACACUUCCUAGCAUGAUAAUAUGAUAUGUGCCUUCUUUCUCUAGGAACUACACAUCAUAUAUACACGACUGAGUAGUGGGCGUGUUCGGUCCACUGACAA